GUCUCUAGUAGUUUCCGUGCCGCUGACGCACGCUUGCGCGCACAGCUGGGCCGGCCGCCUCCUACGCAGCAGCCGCGAGCCGGGCAGCCGGUGCCAGACGGUUCCCGGAGGGGGGCAGGGGCGGGGCGCUGCUGGAGGCCAGGGACUCCUGGCGGAGGAGCCCUCAAGGAGACCCGCCUGACGACUAACGAGUUGCCAUGGCAUCCUACUACGAGAUCCUAGACGUACCGCGAAGUGCGUCCGCUGACGACAUCAAAAAGGCGUAUAGGAAGAAGGCAUUACAGUGGCACCCAGACAAGAACCCAGAUAAUAAAGAGUUUGCUGAGAAGAAGUUCAAGGAGGUGGCCGAGGCGUAUGAAGUGCUGUCCGACAAGCAUAAGCGUGAGAUCUAUGACCUCUAUGGCCGGGAAGGGCUGACUGGGGCAGGAACCGGCCCAUCUCGCGCGGAAGCUGGUAGUGGCGGGCCUGGCUUCACCUUCACCUUCCGCAGCCCAGAGGAGGUCUUCCGGGAGUUCUUCGGGAGUGGAGACCCUUUUGCAGAGCUCUUUGAUGACCUGGGCCCCUUCUCAGAGCUUCAGAACCGGGGUUCCCGACACUCGGGCCCUUUCUUCACCUUCUCUUCCUCCUUUCCUGGGCACUCUGAUUUCUCCUCCUCGUCUUUCUCCUUCAGUCCUGGGGCUGGUGCUUUUCGCUCCGUCUCUACGUCCACCACCUUUGUCCAAGGACGCCGCAUCACCACACGCAGGAUCAUGGAGAACGGGCAGGAGCGGGUAGAAGUGGAGGAGGAUGGGCAGCUGAAGUCCGUCACAAUCAAUGGUAUCCCAGACGACCUGGCCCUGGGCUUGGAGCUGAGCCGUCGUGAGCAGCAGCAGUCUGUCACCUCCAGGUCAGGGGCCACGCAGGUCCGGCAGACCCCUGUGUCACGACCCCUUGACGGCAGCCUCUCUGAAGAGGACGAGGACCUGCAGCUUGCCAUGGCCUACAGCCUGUCAGAGAUGGAGGCAGCUGGGAAGAAACCGGCAGAUGUGUUCUGAGCUGGAUGUCCGGGACCCAGAGUUGCUGCACAGUUCCAACAGGACAGCGCCCAACCCUGUGCACUGGGAGGGGACCCUCCAUCCCUCUCCCUCACCCGUGCUGAGCAUAGAGCCGGGCCUGGGCGGUGGGCGGGGGCCGGGUGGGAGGUAGGCUUAGCCUGUAAACGCGUCCCAGGGUGUUUGGUGCUGUUUCCUGGGGACUACAAGUCCCAGAAUGCAACGCACCUCGCCUCCUUUCUGUUAGAUCAUGCUUGGGGGAAGUGGUGCGCAGUUAACGGAGCUGUGCAUCUUGGGAUAUGUAGUUCCAGCUCUGGUCGGCCUGUUAACUCAUUGUGGGAUGGGGACAUCUUGUCAUUUGAUUUGUCCCUGGCAGGGGUGGCAAGAAUGUGGAUGAAGGGGGAAUGGCCUGAGCUUCGUUUCCCCUGAUACCUCUUGCUAGUGCUGGGGUUAGAGUGUACAAAUCAAGGCCCUGAGGCACCUGGGAGACGUUAUUUUCCUGUGGGCAGUCCUGGGGUCUGAGAAUGAGCCAGGGCGGAUUGGCUGAGCAGGGCGUGGUCUCAAGAGGGCUGAUGGGCAUGGGCUGGUGAGAGCUUGGAAGGUGGAAGGCCACCCUAGCGCUCUGGGGUGUGUGAGUGUGUGUGUGUGUGGCUGGAAUCAGCGUAUGAUGGGUGCUCCAGGCAUGCUGCUGCUUGUAUGGCUCCUUUGGCCUCUGACCCUGCUGCCCAUUCUUUCUCUCCAACACCACAGAAGCUGCCUCUCCUCCUCCCUCCCUGGGGAGCCCAGUGGCCGGGGAGGGAAGUGGUGGAGCCGGGGUGUUGCCAGCCCCUGUGCCGUUGAGUCUCAGUGACCUAUCAAAGCCAGCUGGGCUGAGCUCAGACCAAGAGGGAAACACUGGAAGUCAAUAAAGCUGAGUUUCGAGA